AUGGCUGGCGAGCUCAGGCCGCGACUGCCGGCGGCAGCUGCUCUUCUCAUGGUGGCGUGCCUGGUUCUUGCCACCGCGGCAGCUGUGAGUGGCGCCAGACCGCUCGCUAUGCCGGAGGAAGAUGGCCCUGCUCGCGCGGCGGUGGAGUCGCCGGCGGGAGAUGUUAUCCAGACGAUGGCGAGGGCGAUCGAGCGCAGGUUAAUGUUCGACGUCUCCCUGCUCAGCGGGAUCAAGGACGCCGGGCCUAGCCCAGGCGCGGGCCAUUAG